GAGCGAGCACCUCGGCGCGCUCUAAGCUUUUUGCAGGAGGUCGGCAUAUCCCAGACACGGAAACAGCUAGAAAGAAACGCACUUCAAGAACGUGGAAAGGAUUUUAAGGGACCCGUUUAAAGACACACACACACAGACAACAAGUGGCGCGUGAGAGGCAAUCCUCAAUAAAUCUGGCGUCGCAGAAGCGGGGAUGAACCUGCUGCGCCCGGGCUCCGGUUUCGGCAUGGCGGGCUGGCGGCUGGUGUGCGCCGCUGUUGCGCUCGCGCUCUGGAGGCCCGCGGAGUCGUGUCCCACCGCCUGCACGUGCACGGGCUUCAGAAUUUACUGCGCCGACACCGAGCGCAGCAUUGCGGCUUUCCCUGCGCUCAGCGAGCCCGAGAUGGAGAACAUCACCGACAUAUAUAUUGCUAACCAGAGCAGCUUCUCCUCCAUCAAUGAUAAAGACCUGACCUUCUACCGCAACCUCAGAAAUCUGACAGUGACCAACACGAGGCUUACGUACGUGUCACGGCAGGCAUUUCAGAACAACGUCAAACUGCAAUACCUGAACCUGAAGGAUAACAAUCUGUCAUCACUCUCCUGGAAGACCGUUCACCAUCUGAACAUUUCCUCCCUGCUGCUGUCUGGAAACCCGCUGCAGUGCUCGUGUGAGAACAUGUGGAUGAAGCAGGGGAGAGGCGACGAGUCCGAGGCAGCCGAGCUCAUGUGUGUGGAGGAAGGAGGGAAGAGGAGGCAUCUGUCCAAGCUCACUCUGCCCAACUGUGUUGUCCCCACAGUCAGCCUUCAUCCUAAAAGCGUCACCCUGAUGGCAGGUUCGAACAUAACACUGAGCUGUAAUGCCUCAGGAAUGCCCACGCCCGAUCUCAACUGGAUCACCUGCCCACUCAAUUCCAGCCAUGAGAUUGUGACUACGGGACAGACCUCUAUACUCAGACUCAAAGAUCUCUCAUCCCUGGACAACGAAUGCAAAAUCACUUGCAGCUCUGACAACACAGCAGGGGAGAGUGAAGCCUCUCUGCAUCUCGACAUUCACUUCGCUCCGACAAUCAGCAAGCUCAUGGACGCCAUCUCCGACCACCACUGGUGCAUUCCCUUCAGUGUAUCUGGCAACCCACAGCCGAAGCUGCAGUGGCAGUUACGGGGUGAGCCUCUGAUUGAGGGGGCCUUCAUCAGAACCCGGAUCCACGAUUACUCCGAGCACGAGUACCACGGCUGCCUGCAGCUCGACAACCCCACGCACAUCAACAAUGGCGAGUACAAGCUGCUGGCCAGCAACCGUUACGGCAACGACUGCAAAGUUGUAAAUGCCCACUUCAUGCACAACCCCUGGAACGAUACAACAGCCACGGAUUCACUCUACUACGACCCUACUACAGAUGACACGCCUCUUGAGCCACCUGAGGACCGAGUUGCUGUGUACGUGGUCGUGGGAAUCGCCGUUGUUACAUUCACCGGCUUUGUCCUGAUGCUAGUCGUCCUCAAGUUUGGCCGCAAUUCAAAGUUCGGAAUUAAAGGGCCUUCAUCGGUCAUUAGCAACGACGAUGACUCAGCCAGUCCUCUCCAUCACGUGUCGAACGGCUCGAACACGCCGUCGUCCUCGGACAUGAACGCAGAUGCCGUCAUCAUUGGCAUGACCAAGAUCCCCGUCAUCGAGAACCCGCAGUACUUCCGCAGCACUAGCAACCUGCACAAAUCCGACACCUUUGUCCAGCACAUUAAGAGGCACAACAUUGUGCUUAAGAGGGAACUUGGCGAAGGGGCCUUCGGAAAAGUGUUCCUGGCUGAAUGCUAUAAUCUCAAUCUUUUACACGACCAGGAUAAGCUCCUUGUGGCAGUCAAGACCCUGAAGGAAGCCAGCGAGAACGCACGCAAAGACUUCCAUCGUGAAGCCGAGUUGUUGACCAACCUGCAGCACGAGCACAUCGUCACCUUCUACGGCGUGUGCGUGGAGAGCGACCCCCUCAUCAUGGUGUUCGAGUACAUGAAGCAUGGAGACCUCAACAAGUUCCUCAGGGCUCACGGUCCUGACGCUGUGUUAAUGGCAGAUGGUCAGGUGCAGCAGCAGCAGGCCGAGCUCACACAGUCUCAGAUGCUGCACAUUGCUCAGCAGAUCGCAGCAGGGAUGGUGUAUCUGGCCUCGCAACACUUUGUGCACAGAGACUUGGCCACACGUAACUGCCUUGUUGGUGAGAACCUGCUGGUGAAGAUCGGAGACUUCGGCAUGUCCCGCGACGUGUACAGCACGGAUUAUUACCGGGUGGGCGGUCACACCAUGCUGCCGAUCCGCUGGAUGCCCCCGGAAAGCAUCAUGUACAGAAAGUUCACCACUGAGAGUGACGUCUGGAGCCUGGGAGUGGUGCUCUGGGAAAUAUUCACCUACGGGAAACAGCCCUGGUACCAGCUGUCCAACAACGAGGUGAUUGAGUGCAUCACUCAGGGCCGUGUGUUGCAGCGGCCGCGCACUUGUCUGAAAGAGGUGUAUGACCUGAUGCUGGGCUGCUGGCAGCGAGAACCACAUUCUCGCCUCAACAUCAGAGAGAUCCACAACCUGCUGCUCAACCUGGCCAAGGCCUCACCGGUCUACCUGGACAUCCUGGGCUGAGAGAGAGCAUGUGUGUGCGUGUGUGCGUGUAUCCCCAAACUGCACUCAACUGUCCUUUUUCCCUUCUUCUCCUCUCUCUCUGACCCCCUACCCCCAACCCAACCCCCCCACCAUUCCGUCCAUCCUGCUCCUCCUAUCCUAAAUGUGUAGUGUGGCAGGCAGCAGAAGCCUCAUUUAUCAGUAUUAUUAAAGAAGGAUGAAACAUGACGCCAAAGACCUUCCACGCCGUCGGACCACUCCUCUACUUGGCAGACACUUACUGUACAGCCAACUAGAAAUGUUACUGUAAAGAUCAACAUCUCCAGAAAUGCAUCAUUUCCAGGACUUCAGGAAGGGCCCUUGACGUUCUGCCUACUUAAUGAAAUGUGGAAAUUUACCGUGACUGUGUCAGAUGG